GCCCCACCUCCUCCUGAGGAGAUGCAGAGCCUCAGGACUGAGCAGGCGCAGGGACGGCUGCCUCGGGACAGCAGGGCCUGGGAGAGGCCAUGCCACCCCACCUUCCCCAAGGACUGGGAGGCUGUGGAGGUCGGGACCUCCAGCUGUGACAGCGAUGACAAAGAUCUGUCCUCUCAAGAGACUGGGCUGUCUCAGGAAUGGAGUUCAGUAGAGGAAGAUGAUGAGUCAGAGGACUCCCAGGGCUUUAUGGAGUGGCCCAAAGCUCCACAGCAAACAACCAUCGUGUUGGUAGUAUGUGUGCUGUUCCUGUUCUUGGUUUUAACUGGAAUGCCCAUGAUGCUACACAUUUAGCUGUCAUGGUAGCCACUGUAUGGAAACAUAAGCCCCGUGUCACAUUAAGGAACUGUCCUGGCUAGAAACCAGGAAUGGGUACUG